UAGCUAUACAUCCAUAUCUCAAUACAAAACACAGACUAUCUCCAUUUCACUAUAUUCAUCUAUAUCUCAAUUCUCAACUAGUAAGUACCCCACCACUCUUAUCUUUUACCAUGCCAGCAAAAUUAACACAGUAACAAACAACACUAGAAAUCAAGAAUCAGAAGAAAUGGAGAGAGAAAGAGCCCAUUUACGCAAAAGCAGCAGCGAGCUCUUCAUCUGUCUCUCCUCCAUGAAACUCUCCAAAUCAAUCCUCAGCCCCGGCCACCGCCUCCGUCCCAACAAGGCCUCCCCUUUCUUCCCCAAGAAACGCCUCGACAACCCUGAGCCCUCCUCCCCCAAAGUCACCUGCAUCGGCCAAGUCAGAGUCAAGUCCAAGAAGAAGAAGCCCAACCGCAGCCGGAGAACCGACAUCAGUUUCAGGAAAAUCGAGGCGCCGCAGGGAUGGGUGCAUUUGCCGGUGUCGAUCUGCGACGCGCUGCGGACGUGCUUCUCUGUGGAAGGGAAGAGGAGGGAGAUUGAGCUGGUGGUUGGCGGCGGAUAUGAGGAGGAGGAUGAUGAUGAAAAUGAGGUUUCGGUGAGAAGGCGGCACGUGUUGGCGGACAUUGUGGUUGAGGAGGAAGCGGCGAGAGUGAGCAUUUGCAUACCCCCCAAGAAUGCGCUUUUGCUGAUGAGGUGCAGAUCUGAUCCCAUGAAAAUGGCUGCUCUCACCAACCGCUUUCAAUUCCAACACGGAAUUAAGGAAGAGGAAUUCGAUAUUUGUGAGGAAAUGGUUGAAGAUAAAGUUGAGAUGCUAGUACAACAACAACAAGAAGAAGGAGAAGAGGAGGAGGAGUCGAUUUCCAAUACGUCAUCAUCAUUUGAUGAACAAAAUGCAGAGCAAUUGGAAGAUUGCUGUCCAAUUCAAGUAGAAAGCAGCCCAGAUUGCCAUCUUGCUCCUUCAAUUGAAGAAGUUAUAGAGGAAGAGAAAGAGCAAGUAAAUGAGUCCAUCAAUGAAGGUGAAGAAAAAGAGCAAGAGUCAAGCAUUACAGUGAAAGAGUCGAUCUUGUUAGACAACGAAGACGAGAAAGAUGAAGAGUCGAGUAAUAGACUAAAUGAGUCGAUCAAUGAAGAUGAAGAUGAAGAAAAAGAGCAAGAGUCAAGUAUUACACUGAAAAAUGAUGAGGUGUUGGUGAUACCGGAAAAGGAGAAGCAUUUGGCAUUGAAAGAGGAAGACAAAGAUGAGGAGGAGGAAUUGGUGGUAACGGAAGAGAAAGAAAAGGCGAAAGAGUCAAUCGAAGAGCAGCAAAAUGAGGAGAAGCCUUUUUCGCUACCGGAAUGCUUGCUGCUAAUGAUGCGCGAGCCCAAGCUAUCCAUGGAAGUUUCUAGAGAAACAUGGGUUUGCAGCACCGACUUCACCACCAGAAGGCCACCCAAACCCGGAUCCGACCACAAGCGGCUCAGCUUCGACUCCAAGGCCAAGCGGAUCCAGCCGCCGAGAUCGUCGUGCUCUCUCGCCUCGAUGAUACAGCACAAGCUGGCAGCGCAAGAGCUCACCAGAUGCAAGUCGGCGCCGAUCAGGGUGGCGGCUGCCAAGCCGGACUCGUGUUUUUGGAAGAAGCUGGAGGCUCGUGUCGGGGUUUGAGCCGAGCUACCCAACCUGGCUUAGAAUAAUCAUUAUUGGGAAUCUUAAUUAGUGUGAGACUCAGGACUGCAUUACUGUUUAAUUCCUAGCCUUGUUUCUGCUCUGUAAAUCUUUUUUCUUUUUUCUUUUUUCUUUUUUCUUUUUUCUUUUUUCCUUUUCAAGAAUUACCUAUGGUCAUACUUUCCAUUGUUGUUGUAGUAGUACUCCUACUUGAUUUUUAAGAUAAGAUUGAGUUAUGAAGUAAUAGUAAUAUUCACUUUCAGGAUAAUGUCACAUGUGAUUAGUCUUGUA